AGACCAUGGGGUGCAUUAAAAGUAAGGAAGAUAAAAGUCCUGCUAUAAAAUAUAGACCUGAGAAUACUCAAGAACCCAUUACCCCCCACGUCAGCCAUUAUGGAUCAGAUCCAAGUCAAGCAAACCAGUCACCUGCAAUAAAGGGUCCAUCAGUUAAUUUUAACAGCCAUUCUGUGACUCCUUUUGGUGGGCCAUCUGGUAUGACGCCUUUUGGAGGAGCAUCUUCCUCAUUUUCAUCUGCGCCGUGUCCAUAUCCUAGCAGUUUAACAGGAGGUGUUACUGUUUUUGUGGCCUUAUAUGAUUAUGAAGCCAGAACAACAGAUGACCUUUCAUUCAAGAAGGGCGAACGGUUCCAAAUAAUAAACAACACGGAAGGAGAUUGGUGGGAAGCAAGGUCUAUUGCAACAGGAAAAAGUGGCUACAUCCCAAGCAAUUAUGUUGCUCCUGCAGAUUCUAUUCAAGCAGAAGAAUGGUAUUUUGGUAAGAUGGGCAGGAAAGAUGCAGAAAGAUUACUUUUGAAUCCUGGGAAUCAACGUGGUAUUUUCUUAGUUCGAGAAAGUGAAACUACAAAAGGUGCUUAUUCCCUCUCUAUACGCGACUGGGAUGAAGUUAGAGGCGAUAAUGUGAAACACUACAAAAUUAGAAAACUUGAUAAUGGUGGAUAUUACAUAACUACUAGAGCACAAUUUGAAUCUUUGCAAAAGCUGGUCAAACACUAUACAGAACAUGCUGAUGGCCUGUGUCAUAAGUUAACAACCGUGUGUCCAACUGUGAAACCUCAGACGCAAGGUUUAGCAAAAGAUGCCUGGGAAAUUCCUAGAGAAUCCUUACGGCUAGAAGUUAAGCUGGGGCAAGGAUGCUUUGGUGAAGUAUGGAUGGGAACAUGGAAUGGAACCACAAAAGUAGCAAUCAAAACACUAAAGCCUGGUACAAUGAUGCCAGAAGCUUUCCUACAAGAAGCACAGAUCAUGAAGAAAUUAAGACAUGAUAAACUUGUUCCACUUUAUGCAGUUGUAUCUGAGGAGCCAAUCUACAUAGUUACUGAAUUCAUGACAAAAGGUAGCUUACUGGACUUCCUUAAAGAAGGAGAAGGAAAAUAUUUAAAGCUUCCACAGUUGGUGGACAUGGCUGCUCAGAUUGCAGAUGGCAUGGCCUACAUUGAAAGAAUGAAUUACAUCCAUAGGGACCUUCGGGCAGCUAACAUCCUGGUGGGGGACAACCUCGUGUGCAAAAUUGCAGACUUUGGUUUAGCAAGGUUAAUAGAGGACAAUGAGUAUACUGCCAGACAAGGAGCCAAAUUCCCAAUUAAAUGGACAGCACCUGAAGCUGCACUAUAUGGCCGGUUUACAAUUAAAUCUGAUGUUUGGUCAUUUGGAAUUUUGUUAACAGAGCUUGUAACAAAGGGUCGCGUGCCAUACCCAGGUAUGGUGAACCGGGAAGUUUUAGAACAAGUGGAACGUGGCUACAGAAUGCCUUGUCCUCAAGGGUGCCCGGAAUCUCUUCAUGAGUUAAUGAAACUGUGUUGGAAGAAAGAUCCUGAUGAAAGACCAACAUUUGAAUAUAUUCAGUCUUUCUUAGAAGACUAUUUUACAGCUACAGAACCACAGUAUCAGCCUGGAGACAAUUUAUAACCCUAUAGCCUACAUACAAUGCACAAAUCUGCCAAAUGUAAAAUAUUUUCAAAAAAAUUACUUGCUGAUUUGAAGGACUCAGAGGAAAGCAAAUAGCUGUCAUUUGCAUGCUCGGCAGCUUAGCAAACUGGAAUUCCAUAAUACAGGUGCACAAAACCACUUUUUAAAGUGUUAUGCCCAAAUAUACUAAAUG